CUCAAGUGAUCUGCCCGCCUUGACCUCCCAAAGUGCUGGGAUUACAGGCAUGAGCCACUUUGCCCAGCUGCAUUCAGACUUUUCCAUGUUAGCUGAACUAUCAGGAAAAUUCUGAGCACAGCUCUGAGAGAAAUUCACAUUUCAAGUCAGUUGGUUGCCAAAAGCAGAGAACCCUGAUCCUCACUGGAGCUGACUAGAACACCUUCUCUUUGUUAGUUAAAGGUAUGGCUGCAUUUAAAUAACUAAUAGAGGUCAGACAGGACUUACUUAGUUUCUGAGACUAGUUGUUAGCUCUCCUUUUCCCGAGGGAAAUAAGCUCAGCUGAAUUACUUAAAUCACACUUUUUCCAUUUCUUGAAAUGAUUUCCGUUUCCCUGCCCUAGAAAAAGUAGGUGGCUGCAGAGAGGUUGUGACAGAGUUAUAAAGCUAUGUGGGUUAAAUUAGCCCAGUACCUCACUCUUAGAGCACAUUGAACAGACAGCUAACACCUCCUAAUGAUCACCAGCUACAUAUAGAUCAAUGUUUUCAAAUGAAACCAAAGGUGUGUAUUCAAUUCAGGGAGACAAAACGGACACGACUCAGGAAUCUCAUAGAACCCCAGAUGAGUAGAUAGAAGCAGCAACAGAAGAGUCACCUGAUUGGUAGUUCUGUGAAUCUCCCUAAAAAUCUCUACUGAAAUGUUUAAGUCCUGUGCUCUUUUCUGUGGACUCUAUCCUUCAGAAAUGGUUAAAAUAUCUAGAUGUGGAAUUAAUGAGAUUUUACAUGUCUGCACUCUGUGCAUUUUAAUGUGAUAAAUGGCUUCAUGCAUAUAUAUUGCUCUGUGUCCCAGACUCAUGUUUUUUGACUAAAAUGUUCAGUUGGUUAAAAUAUGUUGUAUUGAUCAAUAUGUUAUAUAGAAUGAUGUACUUUAUUGAUUUACUGUAAAGAAUUACAAUGGAGCAACUCUGUUUAGGAAGGUUUGUUUUUGCCAUUUUAGCAAGGAAAAUUUGCCAGUUAUUUUGGCUGAAUUUAAAACCUCUUACAUGAUUACAUCACAUGUCUUUCUAAUUCUGCUAUAAUAGAGGAGUGUAAGUAACUAAGUUUAUCUGAACUUUUAGGAGUCUCCCUUUAGGCUCAAAUUAGUCUGGUGUCUCCACAGGGCCUUUGUUAAAGGCUGGAUUUAAAUAUUGGGUGGAUCUGUCUUGGAUCCCGUUCUAGGCCAUGCUUCUUGGAAGUCCCAGACAGGGAACUCAUCAUGACCUGGUUUUACCCGUAGCACGGCCCUGUGCCAUCUCACCAUUAGAGCUCAGUGUCUCGGGCUUUAGUUCUGUUUUCAAUCCAUCGAUCACUCUUGCAGUCAGUUUAACAGUUGAAUGCAAGGGUGUAUUUUCUUUUUUUUGUUUGUUUUCUUUUGAAGCUAGUUUAGAAAUUACCACAGCUGCUUCUCAGUUAAUCAGAUGCUUAAGACUCACUCUUGUUUCCACAUUGCUUGGCUGCUACCUUUUUACGACACCACAGCUGUCUGGGUCUCGCCUGUGCCCCCCACCCCCCUUACUCCUUUCCAUCUGCCACCUCUCACCACUUCCUCACUUACUAUGUAUCCAGGUGGCAGACUCCCAAGUAAACUGCCGACUUUCCUCCCCUGCAGAAAGGCUGGGCCUUGAGUUCACAGUAGCCCCUUUCACCAGGAGAACCGUCUUAGGCUAGGAACCAACCUUGGAGUACUGCUGCUCUCAGAAGUGCCGACGUUUGCCUCUGGACUGGCUUUGUACCUUUGGGUGUUGAAUUUUCCCCUUGACUUGGAAACUUUUGCAAAGGACCUGAAAGGUGCUUUCAGAUUAAGCAGCCAUGGCUCCCUAUCCCAGCCACCCACCUUGUUUUUAAAGCUGGAAGUCUUAUUUGAAGUGAGGAGAGGAGGUGCUUACAUCAUGCCGAGCCUUCCUGGUAACAGCGAGGAUCCCCACCAAGCUCGAGUUAACCUUCAGCUACUUGGAGAUUCAUGGCGUCGUUUGCAGCAAGUCGGCUCAGAUGGUUGUGGAAACUGAGAAGGGCAGCAUCUCCAUGAAGAUGGCGUCGCCCGAGGACGUGAGCGAGGUGCUGGCUCACAUCGGCACCUGCCUGAGGAAGAUAUUUCCUGGCCUCUCUCCACUGAGAAUCAUGAAAAAAGUCUCCAUGGAGCCAUCUGAGCGCCUGGCUAGCCUCCAGUCUCUGUGGGACAGCCAGACUGUGGCUGAGCAGGGCCCCUGUGGUGGAUUUUCUCAGAUGUAUGCCUGUGUUUGUGACUGGCUUGGAUUUUCAUACAGGGAAGAAGUACAAUGGGAUGUGGAUACAAUUUAUCUUACCCAAGAUACCAGGGAAUUGAAUUUACAAGAUUUUAGUCAUCUUGACCACAGGGACCUAAUACCCAUCAUUGCUGCUCUGGAAUACAACCAGUGGUUCACAAAGCUGUCCUCCAAGGAUCUAAAACUGUCCACUGAUGUCUGUGAACAGAUCUUGAGGGUGGUGAGUAGGUCCAAUCGACUGGAAGAAUUGGUGUUGGAAAAUGCUGGACUUAGAACAGACUUUGCACAAAAACUGGCCAGUGCUCUAGCGCAUAACCCCAACUCAGGACUCCACACGAUUAACCUUGCUGGCAACCCCCUGGAGGACAGAGGUGUGUCCUCUUUAAGUAUUCAAUUUGCCAAACUCCCAAAGGGAUUAAAGCAUUUAAAUUUAUCUAAAACCUCAUUAUCACCUAAAGGGGUGAACAGCCUUUCUCAGUCACUCAGUGCCAAUACAUUGACCGCCUCUACCCUCGUCCACCUCGACCUCUCAGGGAACGUCCUUCGUGGAGAUGACCUCUCACACAUGUACAAUUUUUUGGCCCAGCCAAAUGCCAUUGCUCAUCUGGAUUUAUCCAAUACAGAAUGUUCCCUGGACAUGGUCUGUGGAGCUCUUCUCCGUGGAUGCCUUCAAUAUUUAGCUGUGCUCAAUCUGUCCAGAACCAUCUUCUCUCACCGGAAAGGAAAAGAAGUACCUCCAUCUUUCAAGCAAUUUUUUAGUAGUUCUCUGGCUUUGAUGCACAUCAAUCUUUCAGGCACAAAACUGUCUCCUGAGCCCUUAAAGGCGCUGUUAUUGGGCCUGGCUUGUAAUCAUAACUUGAAGGGGGUUUCUCUGGAUCUCAGCAACUGUGAGCUUGGCCAUUGUCUGAGAUCAGGAGGUGCUCAAGUAUUAGAAGGUUGCAUUGCUGAAAUACACAACAUCACCAGCUUAGACAUCUCCGACAAUGGUUUAGAAUCUGACCUAUCUACCUUAAUAGUGUGGCUCAGUAAAAACAGAUCAAUACAACACCUGGCGUUAGGCAAAAAUUUUAAUAAUAUGAAAUCCAAAAAUCUGACUCCUGUAUUGGACAACUUAGUACAGAUGAUUCAAGAUGAAGAAUCACCUCUGCAGUCCUUGUCCCUGGCCGACUCGAAACUCAAGGCUGAGGUCACCAUUAUCAUCAAUGCCCUGGGAAGCAACACCUCCCUGACCAAAGUGGACAUUAGCGGGAACGGAAUGGGGGACAUGGGAGCGAAGAUGCUGGCCAAAGCCCUGCAGAUCAACACCAAGCUUAGGACUGUAAUAUGGGACAAGAACAACAUCACUGCCCAAGGCUUUCAGGAUAUAGCUGUCGCCAUGGAAAAGAACUACACGUUAAGAUUUAUGCCAAUUCCUAUGUAUGAUGCUUCUCAAGCCCUGAAAACAAACCCUGAAAAAACAGAAGAGGCGCUCCAAAAGAUAGAGAACUACCUGCUACGCAAUCACGAGACUAGAAAAUACCUUCAAGAGCAGGCCUACCGCCUGCAGCAGGGCAUUGUGACCAGCACCACCCAGCAGAUGAUUGACAGAAUAUGUGUGAAAGUACAAGAUCAUCUCAACUCCUUACGAAAUUGUGGGGGAGAUGCUAUCCAGGAAGAUUUAAAAUCAGCAGAGCGGCUCAUGCGUGAUGCUAAGAACUCUAGAACGUUGUUACCAAAUUUAUACCAUGUUGGUGGUGCAUCUUGCGCGGGAGCCGGUAGCUUAUUAUCCAGUCCCAUUCAGGACACCCUGGAAUCAAUGGCUGGAGAAGUUACCAGAGUAGUAGAUGAGCAGCUAAAGGCGUUGCUUGAGUCCAUGGUUGAUGCUGCUGAGAAUCUUUGUCCCAAUGUGAUGAAAAAAGCCCACAUUCGGCAAGACCUGAUUCAUGCCAGCACCGAAAAGAUUUCUAUUCCACGUACCUUUGUUAAAAAUGUCCUGUUGGAGCAGUCUGGAAUUGAUAUCCUUAACAAAAUUAGUGAAGUAAAGUUGACAGUGGCCUCCUUCCUGUCUGAUCGAAUUGUGGACGAAAUCCUGGAUGCACUCUCACAUUGCCAUCAUAAACUGGCUGACCAUUUCAGCAGACGUGGCAAGACCAUUCCUCAGCAAGAAUCCUUAGAGAUCGAGCUGGCCGAGGAGAAGCCAGUUAAACGCUCCAUCAUCACAGUGGAGGAGCUAACAGAGAUAGAGCGUUUGGAAGAUCUGGAUACCUGUAUGACUCUCUGCUGUACCAGUAUGACUCCUAAAUCCAAAAGGAAGAGUAUCCAUAGCCGAAUGCUGCGGCCUGUUUCCAGGGCCUUUGAAAUGGAGUUUGAUCUUGAUAAAGCUCUGGAAGAGGUACCAAUUCACAUCGAAGACCCACCCCUCCCAUCCCUCAGACAGGAGAAGCGGAGCUCGGGAUUUAUCUCUGAGUUGCCCUCUGAAGAAGGGAAGAAGCUGGAACACUUUACCAAGUUAAGGCCAAAAAGGAAUAAGAAGCAGCAACCCACUCAAGCAGCGGUCUGUGCUGCCAACAUAGUCUCCCAAGAGGGUGAACAGAACGGUCUCAUGGGGAGAGUGGAUGAAGGUGUAGAUGAAUUUUUCACCAAGAAGGUGACCAAAAUGGAUUCCAAGAAAUGGUCAAGAAGAGGCUCAGAGUCACAUGAGCUUAGUGAAGGGGGAGAUGAAAAGAAAAAGCGAGAUUCUCGGAAAAGUGGUGGCUUUCUCAAUUUGAUCAAAUCCCGGUCCAAGUCUGAGCGGCCGCCAACAAUCUUGAUGGCAGAAGAACCCUCUUCACCGAAAGGGGCGGUCAGAAGUCCAGCUGUGGACAGUCCCAAGAAGGACACAAAGGCUACCGAGCACAAUGGCAGCUCUGAACGGAUAGAGGAGAUAAAAACACCUGACUCCUUUGAAGAGACUCAAGGGGAAGACACGGGGAAGGUGGAACGGAGCGACAGCAAGAGCAGCCCACAGGGAGGGCGGAGGUAUGGGGUCCAGGUGAUGGGCAGUGGUCUGCUGGCGGAGAUGAAAGCCAAGCAAGAGAAGAGAGCUGCGUGUGCACAGAAGAAGCUUGGGAAUGAUGCCGUAUCCCAGGAUCCUUCCAGCCCAGCCUUGAGCAGCGGAGAACGGUUGGACGGAGUUGGGGCAGUGCCGAAACUGCACCCAGGUCUUCCAGAGAACCGCUUUGGUUUGGGAACACCAGAAAAGAGCACCAAAGCAGAGCCCAGAGUGGAAGCAGGCUCCAGGUCUCGUAGCUCGUCCGGCACACCUACCAGCCCGAAGCCCCUCCUGCAGUCCCCCAAGCCCAGCCUGGCAGCACGGCCCCUCAUCCCGCAGAAACCAAGAACAGCCUCACGGCCUGACGACAUUCCAGACUCUCCCUCUAGCCCGAAAGUUGCCCUUCUUCCACCUGUCCUGAAAAAAGUUCCUUCAGACAAGGAGAGAGAUGGUCAGAGUAGCCCCCAGCCCAGCCCCAGGACAUUUUCACAGGAAGUAGUGCAAAGAGGAGAUUAUUACAAAAGACAUUCAGAUCAUGACAGUGGCAAGCCUUCCAGUAGAGGGAAAAGAUCUUCAAAACUGUCCUCCACCAUUGCAGAAGAGGAAGUGAAUGCAAUUGGGCACAGGAAGUCACAGCCAACAAAUGUUUCAAGGAGGAGCUGGGGCCAGCAGGCCCAAGAGUAUCAAGAACAAAAGCAACGGUCCUCCAGUAAAGAUGGCCAUCAAGGCAGCAAAUCUAGUGACUCCGGGGAAGAAGCAGAAAAAGAGUUUAUUUUUGUGUAAAGCUCAGCCAUGCAGAAGGCUUCCUGUGUGGGGUGCUUUGGUAGCCAUCAGAGAGGAACAAGGGCAGCACCUCUUCUUCCGAGGCGUUCUCGCGGUGCUUUAGUCUCUUGCUUUUUCUUCUUUUUUCUUUAUUUCUCCCCCUACCCAUAUCCCCUGCCGCCUUUUUUUUUUUUUUUUUUUUGGUAUAGAAACGAAUCCAUUUCUUGGUAAUCAAAGCACAUUUCUUUGGUCUUCCUCCAACCCUUGGCAUUUGAUUUCUAAACAUUCCUUCAUAUGCCUUUAAUGAAAGCCAGCAAUUAUCCCAUGGGCCCUACUUGAAUUUCUCUGAGGCAGCUACAGAUUGCCCUGCAAGAUGAGUUUUUGGAGAUAAAUGAAAUAACUGGACACACACUCACACAAGUAACACCACAGCAGACCACGGAGUACUGCUGAGUGUACCUGUGUCGAAUCCGCACAGGACUCCAUAUAGCAAUUUAUUCUUGAUGUAUGCAAUUGCACAUUGUAAUUAUAUUAACAGAGCACACUAAUAAUUUGUAUAAAUUAUAUAUAUUAGAUCUUGGGUAUGGUUUUUACAUUCUCCCGUGGGAAACUUCUUCCCUCCUGGUGUGGAAUUGUACAUUUAAAGCUUGGUUGGUGACCUUUGCAUCAAUGAGCACAGCUGAGAACCAGUGAGAAAGCCCACGGCUGAUUUUACCAUGUGCCCAGAUUAAUGUAUAUAGUUGAUUGGAAUGAGGUUUUAUGAAUAUUCAUGUUUUUGAAGGCCUUUAAUUUCUGUCUGCAUAUUAGCUUUUAAUGUGUGAUUUUAAGAGAGAAUACUUUGACACCUGUGAAAAUCAAAAUACUACUCUUUAUAAGACAUUUCACGAAUAUUCACUUACAUUACAGGCUGGAAGUAUUUUAUUCAUAUGUAUAUUUAUACCAAUAAAAUGAUUUUACAAGUGGAA